AUGUUGUUAGACGCCGCCGAAUUAGCAAAACACAAUACACCAUCUUCCUGCUGGAUCGUGGUAAGCGGUAAGGUUUACGACGUGACGCCGUAUUUGAGAGAUCACCCAGGAGGGCCGGCCAUCUUAGUAAAGAAUGGAGGAACGGAUGCUACAGUCGAAUUCCGAACAAUCCAUUCCCCAGACGUAUUAGAAUACCUGCCGAAGGGGAGCUACCUUGGUCCACCGUCGUCCCCUAUUGCCAAUGGACCGCCGCAUAUCGCACACUGCGUGACGGCGUUGGACUUCGAGGCAGCGGCAAAGGCGGUGCUCCCUAAAAAUCCGUUCUCAUACAUCUCGAGUUCUGCCAACUCUGGCCUUUCAUUACAAGGCAACUUGUCUUCCUGGUCACGUAUCAGCUUCCGCCCCCGGAUACUCCGUGAUGUCCGGCACGUGUCCGCACGAUCGGCCAUCUUCGGUCACAUCACACCCUUCCCCUUCUACGUAUCGGCGAUGGGCUUGCUCGGUCGAGGCCAUCGAAACGCUGAAGCCGAGUUCGUGCGUGGUCUGGCGCGGCGGGGGGCCCACGGUAUGAUAAGCAGCGAGUCCUCGCUGCCUAUGGAGGAAAUCGUCGCGGCGCUAAGCGAUGAGCAGCAGAAGAUUUCAAGCCAAGCCGAAAAGACAAAUCAGAAGAUCGAUUUUCCUCCCUCGCAGCUCCAUUUCCAACUUUACGUGCACUCAGACCAUACUGUCACGUUGGCGCGCAUCAGACGAGCUAAGGCCGCCGGUUUUAAGAGCAUCUGGGUCACUGUUGACACGGCAACCCUGGGAAAGCGUACAUCCGACCGACGAGUUCAGGCAGCAGAGGCGCUUGAAGCCGGGCUUGAAGAUGCAGCUGAACAGGCUGGGGUCGGAAAGAACACUGGUUUCUACCCGGCGAGGGGGCAUUUCCAGCCGUCACUCUCGUGGAAAGACCUCUCAUGGAUCAAGAAAGAAUGGGGUGGGCCCCUUGUACUCAAGGGCGUGCAGUGUGCCGAAGACGCGAAGUUGGCGUUGGAGCACGGGUGCGAGGGCAUCCUUCUUAGCAAUCAUGGUGGCAGACAGGCACAUACGGCACCCGACGCGUUGACCACACUUCUCGAAAUUCGGACAUAUUGCCCCGAGGUGUUAGGGAAACUUGACAUAUUCGUCGAUGGCGGCCUACGCGACGGUGCUGAUGUGCUCAAGGCCAUAUGCUUAGGAGCUACGGCCGUAGGCGUGGGUCGCCCCUUUUUUUACGCGCUAGCGGCCUAUGGUUCGAAAGGGGUAGAAAGAUGUAUUGACAUUCUUUCCGAGGAGUUAGCUAUGGGAAUGAGGCUUAUUGGAGUUACAUCUCUUGAUGAGGCACAACCCGAGAGAGUCAAUGCUAGGCGUCUACUUAAUGAUAUGUGGCGUCCUGAGAAGAGUCGUCUUUGA